UCUGCAGGAGUAGUGGUGAUUGAAUUCGAAGCUUGAGUUGAUCCAGCGACAAUGUCAUCGACUCUGCUGGAGGUGACUCGUGCGGCACACGAGGAGGUGGAGCGGCUUGAGCGUCUGAUAGUGAAGGACCUUCAAAAUGAGCCCGCGUCGAACAAGGACCGCUUGUUUCAGAGUCACCGCGUGCGAAAUAUGAUCGAUACUAUCACUUCUACCACUGAAAAGCUCAUUGAUAUAUACGAAGAUAAAGACAAUGCAAGGAAAGAUGAAAUUGCUGCACUGGGGGGUCAAACUGCAACUGGAACAAAUGUGUUUAGUGCGUUUUAUGAUAGACUGAAAGAGAUACGAGAGUAUCAUAGAAAGCACCCGGCUGCACGUGUUGUUGAUGCUAAUGAUGACUAUGAAGAACUUCUCAAAGAGGAGCCUCAAAUUGAGUUUAGUGGAGAGGAAGCUGUUGGGCGGUACUUAGACUUGCAUGAAUUGUACUAUCAGUAUGUUAAUUCCAAAUUUGGUGAGCCAAUUGAGUACUCUGCUUACCUUGAUGUUUUUUCACAAACAGAGAAGAUCCCACGCAAAAUGAAAAUGACUAGGCAGUACAGGGAAUAUAUGGAGAAUCUUUUGGAGUAUCUCAUAUAUUUCUUCCAGCGGACAGAACCCUUGCAAGAUCUGGAUCGAAUUUUCUCUAAGGUAACAGCUGAGUUUGAAGAAAAUUGGGCUGCAAACAAGUUACCUGGAUGGGAGAAUGACAUUCAAGAGAAUGGACACGUACCUGCUCAACACACUGCAAUUGAUCUUGAUUACUACAGUACAGUUGAAGAGCUGACAGAAUUGGGUCCUGAAAAGUUGAAAGAGGCAUUGGCUGCAUUGGGACUUAAGACUGGGGGUACUGUUCAGCAACGGGCAGAGAGGCUGUUCCUUACAAAGCAUACACCUCUUGAAAAGUUGGACCGGAAGCAUUUUGCCAAGGGACCACGAGGUUCAGAAAAAAAUGGCACUGCCGCAGUUCCACAAGAAGAUGAAAAUUCAAAGGAAAUUGCACUGCUGGAGGCCAAGCUGUCCAAGUUAUGCGACCUGUUAGAAGAGACAAUUGCACGAACAAAAGACAAUGUUGUGAAGAAGCAAGCCUUGACAUAUGAAGAAAUUGAAGCAGAACGUGAGGAGGAAGAAACACAGGAGGAAUCUGAAAGUGAAGAUGAGGAACAGCAGAUAUAUAAUCCCCUAAAAUUGCCAAUGGGAUGGGAUGGGAAGCCUAUACCUUAUUGGCUUUAUAAGCUACAUGGUCUUGGCCAGGAAUUCAAGUGUGAGAUAUGUGGGAACUACAGUUAUUGGGGGCGUAGAGCUUUUGAACGGCAUUUCAAAGAAUGGCGCCAUCAGCAUGGGAUGCGCUGCCUUGGUAUACCAAAUACCAAGAACUUUAAUGAAAUAACGUCAAUUGAGGAGGCAAAGGAACUCUGGAAAAGAAUACAAGAAAGGCAGGGAGUGAACAAGUGGCGCCCAGAUCUCGAAGAAGAAUAUGAAGAUAAGGAAGGCAACAUCUACAACAAGAAGACAUAUACUGAUUUACAGCGCCAGGGACUUAUAUAAGAGGGCCGCUCCUAGCUUGACUUUAAAAGGGGAAGUAGGGAAACGAUGGCACUUUAAUUAUAUUGGACUACGAGGUGGAAGGUUUGGGCACAGGAGCGGUUUUGGGUUUACUUGCGCUUUAGCAUGUGUCAUUGAUGAUCCAAUGAGAUGAGGGAAGGGAGGAAAAAGGGUUGUCAUUCAGGUUAAAUGACACGAGGGAAGAUUUUUACAUCACAAUUUCUUUACUGUCAGUUAUAUGUAGCCUGUUUAUCACCUGUCCGAUUUUCAGCCCAUUAAUUAAAGAAACAAUGUACGAUGUUGCCCGGAAAUAGACGUUGUCACUUGUCAGCACCAACUAGAACGCCAGUGUUCAGUCCAUUCUUCCAAGGUGGCAUUGCAUACUUGCUAUUCAUUGAAACAAUAUCCAUCUGAAGCUGAAACGAUAGCACCAACUAGAACGUUACUGUUCAUCCAAUCUUCCAAGGCAGCAUUAUAUGCUUUUUGAGUCGACGAAAUGCUGCGAAGCAACAAAAAAUUUAAUGGUCUGAUGGGACAACUUUUAUCGUAUUGCUGAGCGAUUAUUUAUUAUCAAAUGGGAAAUAGUUGUAUGAACUUUCUGUUAUUAAAAAGGUUGAGUCAUGCUGUUAGUAGCA